GCCAGCCGCCAUAAAACCAAAAGAAGAAGAAGUGAAGGAGAACCACAGAAACAAGAAGAACAGAAAGAAAUGCCACACUCCACAGAGGUUUUUUGGAAACUAUGAAGUCAGAUUACUACCAAGGACUGGACAGCGUUGCUAGGCAACGCUAUGAUGAGAAAAUCUCUGCUGUGGGGGAAGAUCCAUAUUUGAUUCCUCCAGCAGAACAGAAGAAAGCCAGAGACUGCAGCAUCGAGGAGCUUCCAGCCUUGUGUUACCCUGAUAUAGUCAUGUUUCUCGUUGAGGUACCAGGCUACAGCGUGUCUGCACUGAAGGCAUACAAGAGCCUCGAUGCUUACCGACACUUCCUUCGUGGAUGGGUCAGAUCACUGAUGGUGUGCACCAAGAAAGAGAAGUUCAUCAUAACCAGCAAGGUGAUCACAUCAGAAGACAUGAAUGAGAAUCCUCAUGCUGUAUGGGCUGUCAUUGAGCCCAGUGGACUUGUUGUUUCCGGACAUUGUACGUGUAUGGCAAGUUCCGAUGUGGCCUGUUCACAUGUUGCUGCCACACUUUUUGCACUUGAUGCUUAUGUGCGCAUACAGCAAGAGACAUCAUCCCCACUCCUUUCAAACUCGCCUCGCAGCCGGCGGUGUGUCGAACCUGUGUGUGACAUCAACUAUUCAUACCCAAAUAAGAGGAGAAAGACCACAGAUGAGAAUACAAGACAGCCUACAUCUGUAAUUCCACCUCCCACAGCAGAGGAAAUGAAGCAGUUUUAUGAUGGCCUUGCCAGUUCAGGUGCUAAGAGUGUAAUUCUGUCUGUGCUGCCGGGCUACUGUGAGGAGUUUACCAGUUCCACCUGACCAGACUGUAAUAUUUGAUAUGGAUGUAUAAAUGUAUAGAAGAAAACCAAAUCAUAAUAAAUAUAUAUAUUUUUUAAAUAA